AUAUUCUGCUUAUUGUGAGAUACAUACAUACGAGUAUAUAUAUAUUUUUUAUCUAUAUAUACGGAGUACAUAAUUUUUCAGUUCUUUACACAUUGUUUUAUUUGAUAGUUAUUAUGGAUCCUACGCGAUCAAACUCUGCAACUGUUGAGGAUAAUACUGGAAUUCCUGAUGAUUUACGUUGUAAGAGAUCAGAUGGUAAACAGUGGAGAUGCCAUGCCAUGUCCAUGCCCGACAAAACAGUCUGUGAAAAGCACUAUAUUCAAGCGAAGAAAAGAGCUGCAAAUUCUGCAAUGAGGGCCAGUCUUAAGAAGAAGAGAAGACCUGCAGGCGAAAGUGACAGUUAUUUAGAAAGUAAGAGUGAUGAUAUGGAUUCACCACUUGCGGAUUACCGAGGUUCAGCCUCAUUGGAUAAACACAUGGAAAUGUUAUCGAAGAAGCAGAUUAGUUAUUCACCUGAAACACCUUCCUUCAAGAAUUCAUCUGUUCAGAUUUCUUCAAAAUCAAAUGACGAUAUUCAAAGAGAUACAGCAGAGUCUGGAGAGACACCAAAGGCCUAUAGGACACCGUCUUCUGUCGCGGAUUCAAGCAGAUCUGAGAAAAUGCAUGGUGCUGGAUCUAUGAUGGACACUUCUGAUGGGGGUUCAGAAUCAUCUGAGGAUACAGGUGUGCAAAUUUGUCAUCAGUGCCGACGAGAUGACAAACAGAAUGUUCUAAGGUGCCUUAGGUGUGAUAAGAGAGGAUACUGUGAUGAAUGUAUUUCCACCUGGUAUCCUGAUAUUCCAGCUGAAGAAGUCCAUAGAAAAUGUCCUGCAUGUCGAGGUUGCUGUAGUUGCAAGAUGUGUUUACGGGGAGAUAAUAUGAUAAAGGGGAAAAUACAAGAAAUACCUGCCCAAGAGAAGCUGGAGCAUCUUUUUUGCCUUUUGUAUUCGGUGCUUCCUGUGGUUAAGCAGAUUCACCUUGAACAGUGCUCUGAACUGGAACUGGAAAGAAAGCUUCGAGGAAACAGAAUAGACCUACCCAGGACUAAAUUAAAUGCAGAUGAACAAAUGUGCUGUGACUUCUGCAGAAUUCCCAUAAUUGAUUAUCACCGGCACUGUGAGCAAUGCUCCUAUGAUAUAUGCCUCAGAUGCUGCCAAGAUGCAAGGAAAACCUCAAAAGAUGGCGGUGAAGCAGAGGUGAGCAGCAUGCAAACUGAUGUUUGUAAUGAAGAUACAAUCACUCUUGAAAAGCAAGACAAACCAUUGAAACAAAGAAUGAGACUGUCCGACAAGCUAUGUGAUUGGAAAGCCAACAAUGAUGGCAGUGUUCCAUGCCCUCCAAAGAAACAUGGUGGCUGUGGCACCUCACCUUUGGUGUUAAAACGUAUUUUCAAAAUGAACUGGGUUGCAAAACUUGUGAAAAAUGUCGAUGAAAUGGUUAGUGGGUGUAAAUUGUUUGACAUCAACCCUCCAAAAAUAGAUGGCUUAAGUAGAAGGUUCUGCCAAUUUGCAGAGAGAGAGAAUAGUGAUGACAAUUUCCUGUAUACUUUGUCCUGUGAAGAUAUAAAAAGUGAAGGGAUCGAUGAAUUCCGAAAGCAAUGGACCAAAGGUCAACCUGUUAUAGUGAGGGGGGUUUGUGAUGAAUCAUCAAUGCUAGGCUGGGAUCCUAUGGUCAUGUGGAAAGGAAUUCAAGAGACAACUGAUGAAAGAAAGAAGGGUGAUAUUAGAGUUGUGAAGGCUAUAGAUUGCUUUGACCGGUCUGAGAUGGAUAUUGAACUUGGACAAUUUAUCAGAGGAUAUUCUGAGGGCCGCAUGCGGAAAGAUGAUCGUCUAGAAAUGUUAGUGUUAAAGAACUGGCCUUCUCCCAGUGCCUCUGAAGAGUUUUUAUUGUACCAGAGACCUGAGUUUAUUAGUAAAUUGCCUUUGCUCGAGUAUAUUCAUUCCAAAUGGGGCCUUCUUAAUCUUCCUGCAAAACUGCCUCAUUACUCCCUGCAAAGCGACGUUGGGCCUAAGAUCUUGAUUUCUUAUGGAGUGUAUGAUGAACUUGGUCAAGGUGAUUCAGUAAACAAUCUCCAUUUAAAUAUGCGAGAUGCGGUAUACCUGUUGGUUCAUACAUGUGAAGUAAAGCCCACAUCACAAACAAGUGCUCCCAAAAUUUCAGAUGAACCAGAGACCACAUCAGAAACAAUCGCACCAAAAAGUUCAGAUGAACCAAUGUUAUCAAAAUCACCUAUUACCGAGCACAAGACCGAAAAUGACAUGGAGGUAGAUAUAGAUACAGUUGAAGAUGAUAUAACUGAAGGACCAGUGAUCAGUACUAUCAAUAAUGAGAAAGCUCUUAAAUGUGAAGAUUUAAAUGGAGUUUGUGAGGAGACCUUCACAAAGAGUAAUCCAGGGGCAAUUUGGGACAUCUUUCGCCGUGAGGAUGUUCCAAAGCUGAAUGAGUAUAUGAGACUUCAUUGCAAUGAAUUUGGUGUCCCUGACGACAUCUUAAAUGAUUGUGUACCACAACCUCUACAUGAAGGAUUGGUAUAUCUCGACAGUCAUCAUAAAAGGAAAUUAAAGGAAGAAUUUGGUAUAGAGCCAUGGUCAAUUGAGCAGCAUUUAGGAGUUGCUGUAUUCAUCCCCACUGGAUGUCCUUUCCAAGUGAGGAACCUUCAGUCGUCGGUUCAAUUAGGCCUUGAUUUUCUUUUCCCUGAAAGCCUAUCGGAGGCUAUAAGGUUAGCUGGAGAAAUCCGUGAACUUCCAAAUGACCAUGACUCAAAGCUUCAAAUGUUAGAGGUCGGGAAGAUUUCUUUAUAUGCAGCAAGUUCAUCCAUCAAAGAAGUUCAAAAAUUGGUGUUGGAUCCAAAGCUUGGUGCAGAGUUUGCUUUCGAAGAUCCAAACUUAACCAAAUUGGUUUCAAUGAAUCUCGAGAAGAUGACUAAAAAACAACAGGUUGUGUGUACUUGAUGAUGCUGUUCCUUUUGCAUUUGUGAAAUCAAACUAUAUAAGCUCUAAUUUUCUGUCUCCUUUUACAUUUGUGAUAGAAAGAUUUAAGUAUAGCCUUCCAGGAGCUUUCACUGUUCUUAGUUUAAAGGUAAAUGUUAAUUCCAUCUGUAUUUGGGUUGAACCGAUGAAUUUAAGUUUUAAAGAUGAAUAUGUAAGUAUUAGUGUUUUCUA